CUCUCUUCUUUUUGCAUCGACUUUUCCACUUGGUCACCGCUGACAUGUCUUACGUCGCCAAGCCUACCACCCAAAAGCCCGGUUUCGAGGAAUCCGCUGAUGUCAAGAUCCACCGUAUCCGCAUCACCUUGACUUCCCGUAACGUCAAGAACUUGGAGAAGGUCUGCUCUGACCUCAUCCAACGCUCCAAGGAUAAGCAACUCAAGGUUAAGGGACCCGUCCGUCUCCCCACCAAGGUUCUCCGUAUCACCACCCGUAAGUCUCCUUGCGGUAACGGUUCCGAGACCUGGGAUCGUUUCGAGAUGCGCAUCCACAAGCGUCUCAUCGAUCUCCACUCCCCCUCUGAGAUCGUUAAGCAGAUCACCUCCAUCUCCAUCGAACCCGGUGUCGAGGUUGAGGUCACCAUUGCUUAAAUGCGGUGCUUCUCCUAGUUCUGGAUCACAGCAAAUGUGCGCGAGUUUUAUAUGUUAGCUAAUGACCAAUAAAAUUUCACGCUCGCCGUGAUUUGGCUUUUCAAAAGUUAAUUUGAGGGAAAAUCGUUUAGGAAUUGAUU